AUGUUUGUCAAUCAAGAUCUGCUUUUAGCUGAACAUUCUGGAGUUGCAACGGUUUGGCUUUUAUCAACUUUAGGAAACAAAACCAGUUAUAAAAAGAUUUCUAAAAGAGAAAUCCAAUCAGUUUCGAUUCCUCAAACUUGUGAUGUUAUCAAGAACCCACCAAAUCCAAUGGCACUUCGACUCACUUCCAAUUUGUUGUAUGGAGUCGCGUUGAUCUAUAAACAAAAGACGGAUUAUUUAAACAAUGAUGCUUCUUUGAUCAAAACAAAGAUCCAACGUGAUUUGUUCAGUCAAAACAAUUCCAAUAAUAAUGUUUCGAUGAAGGAACCGCGUUAUAUCAUUUUACCAACAGAUUUGAAUAGAUCUAAUCAGGGCGGUAAUGGUAAUAAUCAAGUGUUGUUAAAUGAUGAUCCAUUGUUUAAUAUUCAAGGUGAUCUUUUACCAAAUUUAGAAGAAUUAGAUUUCAUUGAUGGGAUCAAAACUACUCAAGUUGUGAAUUCCAAUCAACAGAAGAAUGAAAUUAGAAAAGAUGAUUUAGAAAAUAAUACUGUUUCAGUGAUUUUAUCAAAUAUUACAAAUUCAACAGAUGAAGAACAAUUGUUUACUAGGAACGUGAAUCAAGAUGAUUUAUUAGAUACUCAAAAUCCAGAAUUUGCAUUCGAUGAAGAAGGUAUGCUUUUAGAUUUACAUGGUGAUACAACAACUGGUACUGGUGCUGGUGCUGGUGGUGCAAUUCCUGAUAGUGAUCUUAUCCCUGUGAAUGAUGAUAUUGAUCUUGGAUUUGAUUUUGAUUUUGGUGGUGCUGGAGGUGAAGAACCAUUACAAGGUGGAUUAAUAACUCCGAAUAAUGAAGUUGUUCCAAAUAGAACUGAAAGUACACCAUUAGAUCAAAUUCUUGAAGAAGUUGAUCAAGUUGGUCAAUUGGAAUCACAUCCAGAGGAACAACAACAAAUGAGAGUACCAAAAAUAAGAAAAAAGAGGAAAGCAAAAGGUACAAUGGCAUCAAUUAUAAUUGAUGAACAUGUUAGUUUACAAACUGCUGAUCUUCGAGGAUUUAGAGAUAAUUAUGUUGAAAUUAUGAAAUCUCAAACUAAAUCCAAAAAACCAAAAUUAGAGUUACCAAAUAUUAAUGAAAUUUUAAGUGGAAUGUGUUAUUUACCUGAUUUUGCUAAAAGAAACAUUGGAGGUGUUAUGUCAACAUCUCAAAGAUCAAAUAAUCAAGAUUUCAUUAGAAGAGGUAGAUCACCAACUCGUCAAAGAAGAGAAGAAGGAGAAGAUGAUGAUUUUGUUGAUGGAUUGAUGAGAAAUGCUAGAAGAUCAAGUGAAUCUAUUGAAGUUGCAAGAAGAAAUAAUUCAGGUUCAAGACGUCGUGAUUCAAGAGAUAGUUUAUCAAGUUUUAAUUUACCUGUAUUACAACAAGGUGGUAAUCAAAGUAUUGUUGGUUCUGGUGGUGAUACAACAGAAAAUUUUGAUCUUGAUUUUGAUUUUGAUUUUGGUGGUGCUGGAGGUGAUAUUGAUGAAUUUAACAAGGUUUAUCCAAAUUCUGAACCAGGAUCUGCAACAAGAAAACGUUCAUCUUCAAUUACAAGGUUCCCAAUUGUUCAAGAAGGUGAAGAAGAUGAAUAUCAUCAUCAAGGACCAAUUAUAAAUCCAAGUCAAAUUGAUAAAAAAACUUUAAAAUUUUUAUCAUUUAUUGAAACAAGAUUUGAUGAAGAUGAAGUUAAUGAUAUGAAUUUUGAAAAAUUAAUGCAAUUUGAAACAAAUAAAUCAUUAGUUGUUAAAUCAUUUUAUGAAAUUUUACAAUUGACAACUUUAAAUACAAUUAAAAUUCAUAAAAGACCAACAUCAAAUAAAUUUAAAUUACAAACUUCAAAAGAUUUUGCUAUAACAUUAUUAUGA